UUGCAAACACUGCAGAGCUAGUUUAACAUUAUUAUACGAGUGCAUGUAGAGAACAAGCACAGAGGAAGUUUAGUAGAGAACAUUAGUAGAGAAAUCAGGACCAUAAAUGUGUGCAUAGUAUUUUUGUGGAUGCAGUUUAAAUGCUUUAUGUGAUUGGAGGCUGUGAACUACAAAGUUGUGAAGAGGUGAGCGUCACCUGUACAGCUGUGCUAACAUGACAAUGUAAGAAAGUCAGACAUGGCUGCAGAGGAAGAUGUGGAGACAAUUGGGGAGCAGCUGUACAGUCGGAUUUAUCCCAAACAUGAAGAGUAUGCAGGAAAACUCACAGGUAUGUUGCUGGAGCUGCCGGGUCCUGUCCUGAGUCAGGUGCUGCAGGACGAGGCAAUGCUGACCACAGCCAUAGAGAAAGCCCUCAGAGCCCUGCAGGUGGCACAGGAGCCCAGCACAGUAACAUGUAAGGAGGAAGAUGAUGUGUCGGCGUCUUCUGACUCUUUGGGGGAGCAGCUGUUUGAGCUGGUGGAUGUUUACAACACCGGCCACUCAGAGAAAAUCACAGGAAUGCUUCUGGAGCAGCAUAAAGAGGCACUCUUAAAUCUACUUUCAGAUCCCAAACUACUAGAAGAGCAGGUGAACCUCGCUCUGAAGACACUAAAAGAGCAGAAUGUGGAGGAGAUAGACGUCAGUGACUCGUCGGACACUGAUGACAGCGAGAGGCUGGGGGAGAGGCUCUUUUCACUGGUGGAGGAGCUGGAUCCACGUCAUGCAAAUUAUAUCACAGGUAUGCUGCUGGAGAUGGAGCCGGCUGCUCUCCGACAGCUGCUCAGUGACCACAGGAUGCUGGAGGUUGCUGUUCAGAAAGCACAAGCAGCACUGGACACUCAGAGUUGAACUCUCUCAAUGAUAAAGUGAUUUGAGACAAACUCGAAAAGAAGAGGACAAAGUUUUACACACAGAAUCAACACAUCUAUUAAAAAGCUCAGAUACUAUAAUGAUGGGACUAGAUGACACAUCAGUCCCGGAUAUUGUGGUAAUACAAAUGGCCUCUUGCAUAAUCUGCUACUCUUAUGACUAUUUUACACCGAUCAUGGACCAACUGUAAAUAACUGAAGAGUCUGAGAAGCCGAAAUCAAGUUGAUUCGACCCCUUUUCCUAAUUCCUUAUUGUCCUUCUCGGAUAAAUGGACUGAACACAAGUGCCAGUGUCAAAUUGGAAAAUAUUUAUUUGCUCCAUCUGGGAGCUGGACUUCCACAAAAGGACGUCAGAAUUGUUGCUUGAUGAAAAUCUCUACAGUCGGCCAUUAAAGAGGAUUCAUUGUAAAGAAGUGCUAAUCUAAGUGUUGCCAACAGUCAUGCUAUAGAUGUACAAUGUAUUUGUUCAUUUUUCUAUUUUUACUGUCCUCAUAAUGAUGUAAUAGUGACGUGAAUUUUCUUUGCUAACACAGAAUACAGUGUGUAUUGUAUAUAAAUGAAUGAAGCUCCACAUUGAAUCAAGUUGUCUGUUGAU